CGGCAGUCUGUUAUCCACUGUUAUCGUUGUUUGGUUCCUCACGUGCGUCGUUCUAGACUACCUGUUGCAUCAUUUUAUUCAUACAGAGAUGUGCGAAUGAAAUUGAGAAAAACUCGAAUUGAAAUGGGAGGAAAAACAACAUACGAGGUCAGACGACAUCCUGGAUUUAUUCAAGGCAACAAUUGAAAAAGGCAGCGUGCCUCGCGGUAAGUGAAGGUACGGUAAGUGAAGGUACCGCGGCGGAAGCAGGUACCUGUGCAGGUACCUCCGAAGAAGCUACAUCUGCUGCGGAUGAUUUUCUUACGGAGGAAAUAUAUGAAGAAAACAUAGAAAAUAUUGAAGAAAUGGAAAGUAUCGAAGAAAUUGUACAGGAAGGAGAUUUCUAUACAGAAGAAGAUCAAUUGAAUACCACCGAUGAAGACGAAGAAAUAAAUUGGGUGGUAGAGAAAGCCGAACCACCACAGCCAAAAGAACCAAUUUCGGAAGGAAUAGAUUUUGCUGAUUUUGCAUAUAUAUUCGAACAAAUAAAAAAUCUUGCAAAUCAUUCACCUAUUGGCUGUGGCAUUGAACAUUUCGAAAUAAUUGGAUGUCAAAAAUAUGGCUUAGAAAAAACGUAUGAUGUACAGUGCCGAAUGUGCAAUUACGUAGGACAAAUUCCGUGUCUUCGAAAGAAUGAUGGCACUAUGGAUAUUAACCAUGCCGCUGUUUCUGCAACAAAUAUAAUCAACUGGAGGAAUUACUCUCUGGUGUGAACAUGUCUUGCAUGACAAGAAGGAUAUACGAGAAAUGUCAGGAUGACAUAAUCGAUGGCUUCGAAGUGGCCGCACAACAAGAAAUGGAAGAAGCUGGAAAAGAGGAACGAGAAUUGGCUAUUGCAAGAGGCGAUGUGCUUGCAGGCUAUAAUAUACCAUGGAUUCCAGUUGUCGCAGAUGGCAGCUGGAUGAAAAGAUCGUACCGCGGAGGAGAUUACAAUUCUCUUUCUGGCGUAGGAGCCAUCGUGGGAUAUCAUAUGAAAAAAGUGCUGUAUAUCAGCGUUAAAAAUAAAUUUUGUAUGAUUUGCCAAACAGCAGCAAAAAAAGAAAGAAGCAGCACGCGAACAUCGCUGUUUCAAAAACUGGGGUCGUCAGCAAAGUUCAACCGGUAUGGAAAGUGCUGCUAUCGUCGAAGGAUUCAAAUGCAGCAUAGAAAUGCACGGACUAGUAUAUUCUAUAUUAGUUGCCGAUGGCGAUAGCAGCGUGUACAAGAAAAUAUUGGACAAUGAUCCAUAUAAAGAGUAUAUGGUGCAUAUACGAAAAAUAGAAUGCACCAAUCACCUGCUACGGAAUUUCAGUAGAAAAAUAAACGACAUCGUAGCAAAAGGCCGCUACAAGGAGCUAAGAGCUGUCGUAAAGGACAAUGCUCUGCGGCUACGUACUGGAAUAAAGAAAGCUGCAGAAUACCGAUUCAAAGAAAAAAUCCAACUACUCGAUCAAAUAAAAAAUUUGAAGGAGGACAUGAAAAAUGUACUGAGUCAUGUUUUCGGUGAACACAAGGAGUGUCAGAAGUUAGCAUAUUUCUGCAACAAGUAUUCUGACCCGAACAGAGUAAAUUAUGUUCCACGAUUGAAGCAAGCUGGUAUAUAUCAAAGCAUAGAAGAAGCGAUGCAGCCACUCUUCGCUCAAGCUGAAAGUUUAUUGUACGCUUUGAAUAAUAAUGCUGUAGAAAGCUUUAAUAAUAUAAUUGCCAAAUUCAUCGGAGGAAAAAGGAUAAACUUUGGACGAGGAGGCUCGUAUCAUGGUAGAGUCUCCGCUGCUGUCGUCCAAUUUAACAGUAAAGAGACCUUUAGCAAAUUGAGUAUGGCAAUGAAUAAAGAGCCGACAACCAUCGUAAGAAAGAUGGAAGAACGUCGGAAGCAUGCAGCCGAAAUGGCAUCGAAAUAUAAAAAAGAAGCGAAAGCAUCCUCCUUCAGAAAUGAGAAACAAUCGUACGACCAGGAUUACGGCCCCAGUGCAGCAAAACCAGAUAUGGAAGAGACUGUAUACUCUUCCGAGUAUGAAAGGCAUAUGGGUAUACUCCAUGAGUGGCAGACGAUGCGGCACACGAUCGAAGCGGAAACUCGCGAUCAAGCGAAAAGCGAAAAGUGGAUAGCUUACAGGAGAAAAUUAUUAACCGCAUCAAAUUUCGGGAAGAUAUGCAGAUUACGAAAAGUUACACCGCGGGCAAAUACUGUGAAGAGUAUUCUGUAUCCGCAAAUACCGAAUAUACGUUCCCUCGAAUACGGAAGGGAGAACGAAGCAAACGCCUUGAGGCAAUUAGAAGACGAAUUAGGAAUUCGUAUUCGACCAUGUGGUCUCUUCAUCGAUGCCAGUGUGCCUUACUUAGGUGCAACACCUGACGGCAUCGUAGACGAUGAUACCAUCGUCGAAGUAAAAUGUCCGGAAUCGGCGAAGGAUUUAUCGCCUGCUGAAGCUAUAGAGCAACUUCCUGCAAUACGACGUAUUUUCCGGGGGAUGAAAUGAACAAAAUUCAUUAUUACUAUUAUCAAGUGCAAGGACAGUUGCACAUAACGAAUAGACAAUGCGCUCUAUUCUGUUUAUGGACGCCGAAAGGAAUGAAAAUUAUAAAAGUGCCAAGAAAUGAUACAUUCUGGGCAACAGAGAUGGAGGAAAAACUGAGGAAGUUUUAUGAGGACUGCAUGUUGCCAGAAAUCAUAGAUAGUAGAUUCAAUCGACACCAGCCGAUUAGAGAACCACCGUAUAUAAAAACAGGAGGAGCAUGUACAAGUACACAAGUACAGAGUGACUAAUGCACCGACGAGUGCAUUCAGCUCAUAUGGAGAGCUGUCAAAGAAAAAAGUGCAACCCGAAGUCACUAAUGCACCGACGAGUGCAUUCAGCUCAUAUGGAGAGCUGUCAAACAAGAAAAUACAAUUCAAAGUGACUAAUGCACCGACGAGUGCAUUCAGCUCAUAUGGAGAGCUGUCAAAGAAGAAAAUACAAUUCAAAGUGACUAAUGCACCGACGAGUGCAUUCAGCUCAUAUGGAGAGCUGUCAAAGAAACAACUGCAACCCGAAGUCACUAAUGCACCGACGAGUGCAUUCAGCUCAUAUGGAGAGCUGUCAAAGAAGAAAAUACAAUACAAAGUGACUAAUGCACCGACCAGUGCAUUCAGCUCAUAUGAACAGCUGUCAAACAAACAAUUGCAAUCCAAAGUCACUAAUGCACCGACGAGUGCAUUCAGCUCAUAUGGAGAGCUGUCGAAUAAUAGAAGUACAAAAUAAUGUAAGUACGUAAAAGAAUGUAAGUAUGAAAGUAUUUGCAGAGUGAAGAGGACCGUCUAUGACGGGGGUGGUGGUGGGUCUCUUCACACUCUCCUAAUAAUUGAUACUUGCAGCUACUUUUCCUUACUUUUCACAGGAAGAGUACAAUGUAUGACAGCGUAAGUAUCACAUUUAUACUUUUGGUAUACAAGUAGUUGGAUGAAUUGGAAAUGAUCAUGAAUUUCAUAUAUGAAUUUAUUUUAAUUAUUUUCAGUGACCAGUAUCAAUGGUGAAAAUCCUGUUCUACGAAGGGAGGAAAGGAACCAGGUCUUCGCAAUGCAAGCAUAAAGAUAAGUAAAACACAUACAUUUACAAAUUUAUUGCAUGCAGAUUGAUUACAACUGAUUCUAAUUUUUCAUCGUAGGUUCAAUGAGAAUAUACUCUGUACACCAUUGCAAGAAAUAUUGGUGAGAAAUAGGAAAGUAAUAGUGGAUUCAUCAGGAAGUGUAGAUCAGACAAGGGUGUACAGCAUGAUAGUUGAAGAUAUUCGGUAUCGUCUCAACCAAAUUGUAUAGAUAAUGUUUGUUCAAUAAUUACUGUCAAUUAUCUUAUAAAUGUACGCAGUUCAUGUUCCACUGUAGUAUUUUAUUAAUAAAAAUUUUAAUCCUUUUUUCUG